UGUAUCAACUCAGUAAGCAGAAGAACCCUGAAUGAAGUCCUUCUGUCUGAGGCUGAAAAGUACCCAAAUGUGAGCGUCAAGUUCCACCAGAAGCUAACUGGAGGCAAUUUAGAGGCUGGUGAAGCCACUUUUGUCAAUACUGAGACUGGUGAGCAGAUUAAGGAGAAGGCAGAUCUGAUUGUGGGCUGUGAUGGGGCUUAUUCAAUGGUCAGGAGGAUGAUGAUGAAGAGGCCACUCUUUGACUUUUCUCAAGAGUACAUUGAACAUGGGUAUCUUGAGCUCUACAUUCCUCCAACUGAAAAGGCCAAGAAGUUUAUGGAGUUGAACUACUUGCACAUAUGGCCAAGAAAGCGCUACAUGAUGAUAGCAUUGCCCAACUUUGACCAGUCUUGGACUGUUACACUUUUCAUGCCUCUGGAUGUGUUUGAAAAUCUAAAUUGUCCAGACAACUUGAUAGAGUUUUUCAAGGACAAUUUCCCUGAUGCCAUGGAGCUGAUUGGUGAAGAAAGUCUCAUCAAGAGCUUCUUUAGGACAAAGCCCUCCAAUUUGCUGUGUGUAAAGUGCAAGCCGUACCAUGUAGGGGACAAAACUGUCAUCCUUGGGGAUGCUGCACAUGCCAUGGUGCCUUUCUAUGGACAGGGAAUGAAUUGUGGCAUGGAAGAUUGCAUAAUUUUGGAUGACCUGAUGACCAAGUUCAAUGAGGACCUCAGCCAAGUGCUUCCCAGUUACACUGAGUUCAGGCAUCCAGAUGCUGUGGCUAUUUGUGACUUGGCAUUGUACAACUAUGUGGAGAUGAGGGACUUGGUCAACUCAAAGACCUUCCUGCUGAGGAAGAAGGUGGACUCUGUGCUGAACUACCUCUUCCCAACCAAGUGGGUUCCUUUGUACAGCACAGUCACUUUCUCCAGGGAAAGGUACCACAGGUGCAUUCAAAACAAACAAUGGCAGGAUAAGGUGAGCAAUGAACCAUCAACCCUUGAUUGA